GUGGUCGCAGAAGGCGACCAAGUUGGUCGGACCAACACAAACGAACGACUCGCAUUUUAGUUGUUAGACGGGUUUCUCGACGACCACACCAAGAAACUACUGGCAGACAUCUCGGUAGUGUGUUGUGUAUGCGUUUAAAAGUUUGUGUGCAAUUUGAUACAAACAAAGUAAAAAAUCGCCCAAUGAGUGAAGUCAAGGAAACGGAAUCAGAAUAGAGCGGCACGAUGAUAGUAAAAUGGUUAAUAGUCAUAAGCCUCAUAGGCUUUGUGGCCAUCAUAAACGAAGUGUACAGCUGCAACGAGGCUGUGUGCGGCAGCGUUGUCAGUAAGUGUCUUCUGACGCAGUCCUGCAAAUGCGAUAAAAAGGAGAACUGCGACUGCUGCAAGGAUUGUCAAGCGUGCCUUAGCUACUUAUAUAGCGAAUGUUGUUCUUGUGUUGAAAUGUGUCCAACACCCAAUGAUACAGUCAGUGCUAUUAGCAAAAUGUCUUAUUGCGAAGAGGUUUCUUCAGUGCCAAGUCUUUUUAACGCGUUAACUGAAGGUGGUAGCGAAAAAGAAUGGAGUACUGUGACUUUUCCGAUCGAUAUUGAUGCGUCACAAUUCGAUUCGAAAAGGGAGUUAAAAAUAUACAGAAAGACCUCAGAGCAAGAAACGAUUGCGGAAAGAAAUAAUAACGUUUUUACAAUGAAUUGCACAGUGGCGUACUGGGCGCAGUGCAUGAGUUCAUCAAAGUGUAGACAAAGCUGUUUGUCAAUGGGUGCUUCUUCUUAUCGAUGGUUUCAUGACGGGUGCUGCGAAUGCAUUGGAGAUAAGUGCGUUAAUUAUGGCAUACCCGAAAGCAGGUGCAGUGACUGCCCUAUAAAAGAUGAACAAGUCAUCGAUGAAGAGGACGCGUAUUAUGGAGAAGAUGAUGAUUAAUACAUAAUAUAAAUUUUAAAGCCUUUCUUUAAUAUUUUUAUUAAUAUUGAUCGAAAAGGCGAAUGCAUUUUAUCUCACAAUCUCCCUUGUAUUAUAAAUAAAACAAACGGAUAUGAUGAAAUAGAACACAAAAGUUUUUAUGCAGGUGUAAUUUGCACAAUUUUUAUCUUGUUUUUACAAUUUUCAGUUCUCGACUUAAUUUUAAUUUUAAGGUAUAAAAAAUAAUUGCUUUAAUAUAUUUUUAUAUUUAUUGAGACCACUGUUCAGUAAUAUUCCACAAUAUAAUAUAAAAUACAUGCAAUAGUUUUUAGUGUACAAAAUUAAGUUAUCAGUUAGAAUUGUUACAUUUAGGUAUUGUUUAUAUAAUAGUUGUACAAACAUAGUUUUUAAACACUGUAUAUGAUAUUUUAUAAAUGUGAUAAUUUU